GUUGAGCCUGUUUUUUUUUCUUCAGAAAUUUAAUAAAAGAAGAUAGUUAAGCCUAUCACACUUUUUUUUACACUAAGUCAAGAUGGAUGCAAAUAGAGCACUAGUCGCUGAACUCUUAGGAAAAAACAGAAACGUUGCUCCUAAUAGUAAAGAUAAGCUUGCUCACUGGUCGGAUCGCAAAGUUUGCAAACCUUUUCUAUGUGGCUUAUGUCCGCACACACUAUUCACCAACACGAAGCAAGAUUUAGGCCCUUGCCGUUUCGAACACGAUCAAGGCUUAAAGACAGAUUAUGAAAAAAGUAGCAAGUAUAAGAAAAUGGGUUACGAGGAAGAUUGGAUCGCUGGACUUGAAAGGCUUGUUAAAGAAAUUGAUUGGCAGAUUCAAAAAGCGAAACAAAGAAUUAAAGAACAGGAGACUUUGCAGUUAUCUGAAACUGGAGUUGAUCAGGAAAAAGUGCGAGACGUUACCAAUCAGAUUGAUGAACUUUUAGAAAAAGUCGAAAGACUUGGAAAUGAAGGCAAGAUUGAUGAAGUGGAGUCGCUUAUGAGAAGCGUUGAUUUAUUAAAGAAGCAAAAGGAAGCCAUUUUAAAUGCUAGUGGAGCAACUGCCGUUGUGGGGAAGCAGAUGGAAGUUUGCGAUAUAUGCUCUGCUACUUUAGUAGUGGGAGAUAUCCAAGCUCGCGUCGAUGCUCAUUUGCAAGGAAAGCAACACGUUGGAUUUUUAUUAAUUCGUAAAACUAUUAAAGAUCUUAAAGAGAAAAUUAUAGAGGAAGCCAAUAGUAAAAAAGACGAGAGAGAUCUUAAAACUGAAAGUAAGCGGGAGCCUCGAAGGAGUCCUGAAAAUCAUUCAAGAAGUCAUAAAGAUGUGAGUAAAAAUAAAGAACGAGAAAAAGAAAAGGAAAAAGAAAGAAGCCAUCGUGAUCGGGAUCGGGAUCGGGAUCGGGAUCGAAAUCGGAAUCAAACUCGCCAUCGAGACCGCGAAAGGGAUCGUGGUGCUGAUCGUGCUCGCUACAAACAUUCCUCUUCUCAUAGGAGUUCCAGACAUUAA